UUUCGUUUUUAUCUUGGACUUGAGGUUUUUUCAAUAAACGUAAGAAACCGAUAAACAAAUAUUUUGCGCCACAGGCACUUUUGUUCCAAUUAUUUAAAAAACGGCCAAAAUGCUUAACAUUUCAAAGGAACAAGGGAAAUCUAGUGCAAUUAAAAGUUAAAAUUUGUUGCAUUUGUUUAAUUGAACAACCUAAACUGUUUUUCGAUCCAUCGUUUAAUCAAUUACGAACAAAGGACCACAAGAAAUAGCAAUACAUCAGUAAUUUCUGAUUUAUUGCAUUCAGGUGCUGGUCUAUUUUUACAACAGUUAACAAUACAUAGAGCCAACUAAACUCAAAACGAUCACUCAAACUUGGGUCGUAAAGCUGCAGAAGAAAUUCGAAAAUUGAAUGGAGAAAAAAAUUAUUUAGGAGCUUACUGAUUUGUCAGUAGCAGAGAAAUGAGAAUUUCGUUCGUUAGAUUCCCAAAACAUGGGUCCUGGCAAAAUCGGUGGAAUCCAUUGCACAAAAAUGGGCUGACGAAUUCCCUAGAAAAUUAGCCGUUGUAAUCACUUCACAGACCGAUGUGUUGGGAGCGAUGGAGACAGGAUCAUGCUGGUGAUGUCAUCACCAGUAUUUUUCGAAAAUAAUGAAAUGCCGUGGAAUCGGCAGGAAAUUCUUAAAGUUACUUGUUUUCUUCCCAUUCAAACGCACAUCAUGCUUUCGUUUGCACGCAUUCCAACUAAAAAGUUAGGAAUAGCCACAUCUAGCGACCUUACAGUGUAACAUACGGCACUGUCAGUUCUCCUAGCGGCAAGAGGUGAAAUACCGUCAUGUUGUAAACAAACAAACAAACAAAUCUCAGAGUGCUUUAGCUUCAGUCGUUAGUUUUCGACAGCAAUUUUUUUUUCUCGGUUAGAAAUUUAGAAUGUCCGUUUCUAAGCAAAACUCUGAUGAAUCCAGUGUUGAAGAAAAUGGUGAAGCAAUAACGGAAGAUGACGAAAGACUUAAAGGAGAUGCGAUAGGUGAUACGUUGUAUUCGGAAUCGUGGAUCUUGAAAACUUUAAUGAAACUUACUGAGAACCAUAACAAUUUUGAAACUCAAGAGAGCAAUGCAGUUGAACUGGAUGAAUCCUUGGAAACAGACCUGUGUUUGUUGUGGGACAUGUCUGCAGAUAAAGAAGUUGCACAUUGUUUAUUUCAGCAUGACAUUUUAUCCUUAGCAAAAUGUGUCAUUGAAGAAAGUGUAGCCCCAAGAUUAACGGAGAUUGGAAUUGGAAUCCUAGCAAACCUAUCUUGCCAACAAAAGAUAGGCCAUGAAAUCCUAUUGGAUAGUGAGUUGCUGACUGGUGUAGUAAACUUGAUGUCUAGUGAAGACUCCCAAACAAUUAUCCAGAUUGUUCGGCUCCUAGAUAAUUUGAUUCACUAUUCUGACAAUAAAUCCUAUCACUAUUCUAAAAAUAAAUCCUGCAGUAGUCUUCUUGAUGAUGAAGCCUUAUGGAUGUCUGUUGCCUUCAUCCUUGAAAACUCUCUAAAAGAAGAGUUGUUAAUUGGAUCUGCUAAGUUGCUUGAAAACCUGACUAGACAUAUGAAACAUGACGAAGAAGUUCCAUAUAAAAACAUUCUUAGUGGGAUAAUAGAAGCUCAAAAGCAACUGCAAAGUGGCAACUCAGAUAUCGCUUUUGAUUAUCCACUAGAGGUUCGAGAUUCAUUUGUCGCCCUGGUUUCGGCGUUUUACAAUUUCAGCAGACAUAAACCUAUGCAAAUAGAAAUCGUGAACGCGCGAGACCGUGUUGAUUCGUUCUUAUCGUUUCACUUUUCCUUUCUACUGAAAAGCGUCUGCGAUUCCACAGAGGAGGAAUUGGCCAGUUUAACUGCAAGUGCCGUGCAAGCGGUCACGAUCUUCUUCAUCACCUUCAGUUCAGCACCACUUGAUUGUAAGAUAUUGGAGUUGGUGGGCCACGUUGGCAGUAAACUAGAGCCAUACGUGGACGGAGAAAACGAGCUCAGCAAAUGCGCAUCUGAUUACAGCGAAAUAGUUGGCGAUUGUUUCCGUAAACAGCUCGAUUUGUUUGCCAUUGACUAUUUCCUUGGUUUGCUCGAAUCACUCAACACCAAAGCCCUUGCCUUCAUUCUACAAGCAGCUCAUCGAACAGUACCCGAUCGCCUCCAACAAGUCGUAGAUGCCGCCCGGAGUAGAGGAUCAUUUAACAAAGUGAUUGAAACUUACGAAUCAUGUGUAAGGAAUGCUGUCCGCUAGAUGUCUCGUGUUUGGUUUGAAUUGUAAAAUUGUAACACAGCAGCGUCCCUUCGUUUAUCGAUCGCUGUCAAAACCGGAAUUCCUGCUCUAUUCUUUCUCUAUUUUAACGCACGUACCUAUUCUUGCUCAGCUCACAAUAUGGUUUUCUGUCGGGAGUUCGUCGCAAAUACAAAGAGGGAGAGAGAUCUUCUAUUGAAACCCCAGUUCUUGUGUUUGCAUUGUAUUCGGCUGUUGUGCACUGCCUUGAAUCCCAUCCAACGUAGUCCCCAAUCAACCUUCCUUUAUUUAUUUUUUUGCGUGCAAUGCACGACACAGGCCAGUCAAUAGCCUAUACCGAUGGCCCUAAACCAUGCUAUCCAUGAGCUCGACGCCCAGCAGCGAAGGCCGUUAAUUAGCGCAGCGGACCUGGGGCAUUGUUGCUGUAGCUUUCAAAUAAACACGGAUCACAAGCGAUUAUUUGACAGUUUACGUUCAGAAUUGAAAUGGUGGUUAAAAUUUCAAAAAACAAACAAAAGGGAAACGAAAAAAAGGAAUAAAAUAAAUAAAAGAACGUGGCCAAACGUUGGGCGGAAAUGGCCCGUCUGUUCGGUGAUUGGUGGCGCGCACAAGAAGAUCGUGUUUUUCCUCACUUCUAACGGCGCAGACGGGAGAGGAAGCUUUACCAGUCAGUGAGGGCCAAACAGCAACAUAUCCUCCCCUUUCUCCACCCGCUUGCCUCCCAAACUAAAAAGUCUUUUCGAACGGCGAGCGAGGAAGCAGUCAGCUCUCAGACGCACUCGAUUCCGGUCGCACACGAACCUUCCUCAGCCGCACUCUUCGCUUCUGCCAUCUAAAUCAGAUUGGAAGCCGCUUGCUGCCAACAAGAAAGAAAGUCCCUCAACUGUCACGAGCCCUACAGCCUUCUACGAAUUACCUCUUGGGCAUCGUCUAACUAG